AUGGCAAACUCUAUUCUCUUCGUUACUAUCUUCUUCUUCUUCUCAAUGACUCUCUCUUCUUCAUUCACUAACCCAAAACACCUCACCCUCGAGCUCAUCCACCGUGACUCUCCUCAUUCCCCUCUCUACAACCCAAAUACCACCCUCACCGACCGUCUCCACUCCUCUUUCCUCCGCUCCAUCUCUCGUUCCCGCCGCUUCACCCACCAAACCGAUCUCCAGUCCGGUCUAAUAGGAGCAGGUGGAGAGUUCUUCAUGAGCAUCACCAUCGGCACACCACCAGUGAACAUCCUCGCGAUAGCCGACACAGGAAGCGACCUAACUUGGGUCCAAUGCAAACCGUGUCAACAAUGUUACAAAGAGAACGGUGCAAUCUUCGACAGCAAGAAAUCCUCUUCUUACAAAAGCGAGACUUGCGAGUCACGUCACUGUAACGCUUUGUCUACCAACGAACGUGGAUGCGACGAAGGUAAAGAUGUUUGUAAGUACCGUUACUCGUACGGAGACCAGUCUUUCACGAAAGGUGACGUUGCUACGGAGACUAUCUCUAUUGGUUCUGCUUCAGGGUCCCCU